UCCCUAUCCAAUACCCUCAAACCACACACCUCACCUCCAGCACAUCCCUAUCACAGCUCCAGCAACGAGAAAAUGCCCGAAAUCACCCUCUACACGUACUUCCGGUCCUCCUGCUCCGCCCGCCUGCGCAUUGCCCUGCACCUCAAAUCCCUGCCCUACACGCCCAUCCCCCUCAACCUGCUCGAGGGGGCCCAACAAUCCCCGGACAACCUCGCCCGCAACCCGUCCGGCACGGUGCCCACCCUCCUCAUCUCCUCGUCCCCGGGUUCGGAGUCCCUCACUGCAGCCCCGAUCAAGAUCACCCAAUCCCUCGCCGCCCUCGAAUACCUCGACGAAGCCUUCCCAGCCACCCCGGCUCUCCUCCCGCGCGACCCGGCGAAGCGAGCGCUGGCGCGUACGCUGGCCCAGAUCAUCGCGUGCGACGUGCAGCCCGUCACAAACCUGCGGAUCUUGAAGCGCGUGGCGCCGUUGGGCGUGGAUCGCGCUGCGUGGUCGAGGGACCUGAUUGAGGAUGGGUUGCGCGCGUAUGAGACGAUUAUUGCGGAGGCGGGCGUGAGUGGCACGUUCAGUGUGGGCGAUCAGGUGACGGUCGCGGAUGUGUGUUUGGUGCCGGCGGUUUGGGGCGCGGAGAGGGUCGGGGUCGAUGUUGCGGGGCUGUUUCCGGUGGUCGCGCGGGUGGUGCGGCGGUUGGAGCGGUUGGAGGCCGUGCGGAGGGCGCAUUGGGCCAGGCAGGGGGAUACACCUGUCGAGUUGCGGGUGGAGUAGAUGGUUUGAUUUGGGGGGUGGGCGUGUAUGUAUGUGUG